AUGACCACAAUACAGCCAUUUGAAGCCACUGAUUUACUUCAAUUGAACAAUGUCAACUUAGACAUUUUGACGGAAAAUUUUCCAUUAGAGUUCUAUAUGGAAUAUCUUAUAUUGUGGCCGGAGUUGUUUUUCGCGAGCCAUGAAGUUACCAAGACGAAGGCCAAUGGGCACACCGAAAUAUCAGGCUACAUGAUGGCCAAGACAGAAGGAAAGGGCGCAGACUGGCACUCACACAUUACUGCUGUUACCAUUGCUCCCGAGUUUCGCCGAAUUUCGCUAGCUUCAGGCCUGUGUAAUACGCUGGAGACAAUCACGGAUAAUAAACCCCACAACGUCAAUUUCAUUGAUCUUUUUGUCAAGUGUAAUAACACCUUAGCACUGAAGCUGUACGAGAAGUUAGGCUACUCUGUUUUCCGAAGGGUGGUGGGAUAUUAUAAUUCUUCACAAGACAAGUACCCAAGCAACUUGAACAAAGUUCACGACGACAAAGAUGCGUUCGAUAUGCGUAAGGGCAUGGAAAGAAGCUGCGGGCGCAGCAUACGAAGUGACGGUAGGAAAAAUCGAUGCUUCCCACAUGACGUGCGAUUUUAA